AUGUCUUUGUAUCAUGAAGCCGCAGAGAUUCUGACUGCAGCAAAGAAAGAUGGAGGGUCUCUCAAGUCUCUAGUGUUUGGCCGCAAGACUUGGAAAACCGAUGGAAGAAUUCUCUUUGCCCUGACGGCAGAGGCCGCCAAAUGGAGCACCGUUCUGUCCGAAGUUGUCGAGAAGAGCGGGAUUCUCAAAGUUGAGAAGAAUCUCACGCCAAUCCUGGCCCUCCUUCUCACCCACGAUCUUCUCCUCGCCAAAAAGGGAGUCGCGUUGCCACAGACUCACGGUCUCAAUGCUAUCAUCAGCCGGCACAAAAAUCGACUUUCUGCAGAGCUGACCAAGCUGARGAUCCGGCUUCGUCUUGCUUCGCUCGAUGAGCUUCGAGCUCAUGUCAACUCGGAAAAUGCCGGCGAUGUUCAGAUGAAUGAAGAUGGCUCGGCACCCUAUCGACAUCCCCGAUGGAUACGAGUCAACACGCUGAAAGCUACACUAGAGGACGAAUUGGCCACAACGUUUGCAGGCUACACCAAGGCCAGGAAUCUUCAAGAGAUAACCCACGCAAUCCCAGGAAGCCGUGUUCUCUUCAUCGACGAACAUGUGCCGAAUCUCAUCGCUACCGUUGGUCCCGAAGAUCCAUCCAGCUUCAAAUCGUACAAGACCGGUCGCUUCAUAUUCCAAGAAAAGGCCUCUUGCUUCCCAGCUUACCUGCUUGAUCCUAAGCCGGGUGAGGGCGACGUGAUCGAUGCGUGCGCGGCACCGGGGAACAAGACCACACACCUGGCUUCAAUCCUGGCCGGUCCUGCUCCUUCUGAGGACAGUGCCACAAAAAGUCGCGUCACGGCGUGCGAAAAGGAUGCCGAGCGUUCCAAGACGCUCGACAAGAUGGUGAACUUGGCCGGUGCCAACAAAAAUGUAGUCAUCAAAGCAAAGCAAGACUUCCUCCGAAUCGAUCCCAAGAAGAAAGACUCGGCAAAUGUUGUCGCACUGCUUUUGGAUCCCAGUUGCUCUGGAAGCGGGAUUGUAGGCAGAGAUGAAGCAAGCGUGACGGUACACCUUCCAUCAGCCACUGCAGAGGAUUCGGCACCCAAAGGCAAGAAGCGGAAACGGAGCAGUAAACCAGCAAAAUCGGAGCCAGUGCCAGAGCCGGAAGCACCUGUCGCCAUCGCCGAAGAAGAGGCCGACGAAGUGCCUGAGGAUGGCUCGAAACUGAAGGCCAGAUUGGAAAAGCUGUCUACUUUCCAGCUUCGGCUUCUGCAGCAUGCAAUGGCAUUCCCAGCAGCUAGACGGAUAACCUAUUCGACUUGCUCUGUACACGCAGAGGAGAACGAACAUGUCGUUGUGAAGGCCCUACUGUCUGAUGUUGCGAUACAACACGGGUGGAGCAUCAUGAAGCGAUCCAAUCAAGUUGACGGUAUGCAGAGAUGGCAUAAGAGAGGACACGAAGCAGAUGCACAAUUUGCUUUAUCAGAGACCGGCUCCUCCAAGGCAAGGAAGAGAAUGAAUGUUGCGGAUGUUGCAGAGGCAUGCAUCAGAUGUGACAAGGCUGGCGAUGAUGGAACCAUGGGUUUCUUCGUCGCUGGCUUUGUAAGGGACGACUCUGACAAAGCUUCGGUAAUGGACACUGCCAACUCGGUGGGGAGUGAUGAUGAUAGCGAUGAAUUUGAAGGUUUCAGUGAGGACGAAGUAUAG